AUGAUGGGCCUUGGGCCUACCGAUGGCAUUUUGGGAGCUGCAGGAAGUUUUGUUCCUGGUGAUGCUUCUGAAGAUUUGCAACAAUGUGCAUUCGAGCCCAAUGUGUACCGAAAGAUUCGAACUGACAUCUACGUUUCGGAGCCUCUCGUGGAUAAACUCUGCAAUGAUCUAGCUGAGACUCAAGCAGAAGUGAGACGUUUGCGUGUUACCUACGGCGAGCUCAACGGGCAACAGGACACUGAAAUGGCAUUGGUUGAAGGAGGAGAAUCUGAAGUUGCGACCGAUGAUCCCGAAGUCAAUUUGGCUGCACCAAUUUCAGGCUACAAUCAGGUCUCAUCUACGUUUCAGAGCGAGCUGUACGAAGCAUUGAUGAGGAAUUGGGCCAGCCAUCCUGCCGAAAUUAGGUUUUGUGUUGACAUGGACUGUCGUGGACUGUCGUUGCCCUCUGGAGAUGGACAUGAACAUCUCCAGGCUAUUGCAACGCAGAAACUCUACGAAACCUCCAGGCUGGGACUGCCGCGAAAUGCAGAAAUGCAACGUCCCACCUACUUGUUGUUGCCAACUGGCCUCGUGGCGGCAGAAACUGCCACUGCAACGUGGGGAGUCCUGGCGAGUUUGAAGAAGAAGCGCUGUGUGCUCUUCUUCAGCUUGCAGGGCGGAGAACUUUUGCAAACAGCGGAAGUCUUGAAGCUGGCGGCCAAAGACAAUCGCCACAAGGCCUGGGAGAACUCCAGGUCAACCUCCGCACACUCCAAAAGCAACGACGAAGACCUGGAAGAGAAUCAGGACCAACAGGACCAACAGGACCAAAAUGAUGAACAGCACACUUGUUCCUUAGAGCAUUUGAUCCGUGCCUCACUUCGUCGACGCCCGGAUCUCUUUCACAUAGAGCCAAUCUCUAACGACAUGAAGGUGACUCUUGUUGGCUCGGUACCUUUGAAAUACUUUCAGAUUCCGUUGGUGAAGAUUUUGGGGCCUCCACUGCUUGCGGAUGGUCCUGCAGCUCAUCUCAAAUGGAUCUCAAAGGCGUUGGAUUCUGAGAAGCGCUACUUAGCGCUGUUUGAUCAGGACGGGCCAGCGGAUUCCAGACUUUGCGAGAUUGCUUCAAUGCAGGAUGCGCUGUUGUCAAUGGUGUAUGGCCAUGCGCGGCAAAAAAUGAAAAUCACCAGUCGGCUGCAGACACAGCGCGGUGGCAAAGAAGACUUGAUGCGAGCGUUCAAGCAACACGUCAGCCAGGAUGGUUACUUGUCCGCGCAAGCCGUCCGUGCUGAGCUGGAUGCUGUUUGUGCACUGCGUCGGAUGCAGCAACAACAAUUGUUGAAGGAUCAGGAGAUUGGUGGCCUCUUCACCCAUCAGAUGAGGAUGCAGUUCUUCGUCAACACCACCAUUUGGAUUGCUGUGUCCUUAUUACCAAUUGUUACCUUUCAUGAUUUGGAGACGACAAUCAUGAAAGGUGCAGACUUCAAGCAUUUGCACGGACACGGAGCCGGUUUUGCAGAUUCUGGGCUAGGGAGCUUGAUGUAUCAUCCCAUGGUGCUUCAUUUUCUGAAUGAGAAAGCACACACUGAAGCGGCCCACAGCCUUCCAAGUGAAUUUCCAAAGAUCUCUGGGGAGCAGCUGAUGAAUCUCAUGGUGGAAGGUUGGUUGAAGAAUGACAGCUUUUCAGAGAAGAAAUUUGAGCAGUCCUGGAGCGUCGAAGCAGGUCUGGCUCAUGCCGCUGAGUAUUUGCGGCUUCCUCACUAUAGUCACAUCGGUGUUUAUGUCCAGAGAGAACAUGUGUUGAAGACUGUGGUGAAGCACGCCCUCCAGAGACGAAGAGCACUUGAUAAACAUAUGAACAAGGUCCUCAAGGAGAAGACAUCUGCAGGUCACCUUGGGUUCCGCUAUCAGUGGGACUCAAACAGAUGGUUGCCCUUCCUCCAGAAACUUUCCUCGCUGAAGUCCGUCUCUGAACAACUCUUCUGUGUUCGACAAGUUCUUCUUCAAGAAGUUGAAAGAUUUGAAAGCCAAGACCCAGUUGCCAUCAUUGAAAACCUCAUCGCGCCGUUGCUGUUGAUUGCAACCUCGGCUGCUCACGUGGCCACUGUGAAGCAGAGGGCGGAUGCGGGAAAUGCAGGAGACGUGGCAGAUGUGACAGAUGUGGCAGGCGACACAGCCCACCAGUCUUUGGCCAAAGGCGUCGAGAAUGUCCAGAGAAUACUUCGACAAAGUUCACUGGAAGUGGUUGCAGAAGCGAUUCGAAAAUCCUUUCCAGAAGAGAAAACCUUUGCAAAGGCUUUGUGGAAAGGCGAGCAGGAGCUCCUCAGGUUUUGUGGUUUGAAACAUUCCAGUGAAUUACCAGUAUCCUUAGCAGAGCUGAUGAACAUCAGACCGGAAUUGGCAGAAUCAUUGCCGCGGGCGGAAGGGAAAGCGGAGUUGAGCUGCGGGGAAAGUGAGCAGGUGGUUCUGCAGCACUUGUUGGCAGCUUUGAAUGCCACCUUGGACGAGAUGGGACAGCCAAACUUGAACAAAGUACUGAAAGCUGUAGGCCAAUGUGAGGAUGAGGUGUGUAGGCAAUGUGGCGUUGCGAAUUUUUCAGAGCUGAAGCUGGGCCCUGGCAACAUGAACUACGGUAGCUUCUUAUCCCAAAAUGUCGCUGAAGUGGGGUCAGUGAUGGAACAUCUUUUCAGCGGGCAAGAUAGCCGGAUCGCUACUGACUUGGCAACCUUCUGCGAUCAUCUCAAGGCCACAGGCUGCGAUGCUGCUGAAGCAAGACAGGCAAUUUGGCGUCAUUUUGGCGCUGCAGUGUCGGACAAAGAGAUUGACAGCGCCUGGCAGCGAGCUACAAGCAUCAACGUCAAAGCUAUGGCGCCCGCUGCACACAUCAUCGCGGCGAAUUUGCACUUUUCACACAUCGACCAUGCUAUGGGGUCUGCAAUUGACCGCAGCAGCUUGAUCCAGCAAGCGGUGGAAGAGAUUGCAUCAGCUCCCUUCCUAAUGGAUUUGAGAUUGGUUCUCGAUUGGGCCAAGUUUCAGUCUGUGGGAGUCUUGGAAGACUUCCUGAUCUCGCCAGACUUCAUGAAAGCUUGGGGAAUGGUUGCGAGGAACUCUCAAGUGAUUUCACUUCGCUGGCAACACUUCGUGCGCUUGCCAUCAGGUUGUGCAGAAGACUUCCACGCAGCCCUGGAAGCCAAAGAUCCGGCUGCGGCAGCUGGUUCAGUUCUGAUGCGAUGGCUGCAGGAUGGUCUCAACUUUCGGCAGCAUCAGUUUCUGGCCAUGGCUGAAGAUGCCAUGAGGGGAUGGUCCGGCGGCUUGCGGGAGACUUUUGUGCUGCAAAGCAUCGCAGUUUUGCCCAUCGAGUGGCGUGAUGCAGUGGCACCCGUGCUGGCCAAAGCGUAUCUCCAACUCGCUUUGCCGAAAAGUGAGAUGAUUCUCAGUGCAAAGCGUCGACCCGAAUGGACAGGGAGCCUCAGGUGGCUUGCAAAAUAUGCUGGUGUCACCGACUGGGAACUGAAAUGGGGAAGCAGCUACCCUGCUGAUGUUGGAUGUUUUGUUGAUGGUCCUGCAGUGUCUGGUGGUGGAUCAAUCCGUGCCAAGAAAAGCACUUCCCUGGGAAAGAAGAUGGAGAACAGUGAGGUGGAUUCCAGUGAUGGUGGGAUUAUUUCUGAAGGCACAGAAGAUGACAACACCCGAGACACGGUUGACGAAGAAGCGGAGAAUCGCAAAUUGUGCCGAAGAAUCGCCAGGAACAAAGGCGUAAAGUUCCAAGACGUUGAUCCAGUCACGCGAAAGUGGCUGAAGCAGCCGGUGAGCGCAGUCUUCCGCUCCUUGCAGCAGACAGUGCAAGGCGCCGUGAGACGAUUGGCAGAUGAUUUAUACAGCGGGGAGGUGCAUUUCAUGUUGGAGCUCUUGCAGAACGCAGAUGAUUGUGAUUUCGCAGAAAAUGUGCUGCCAAGCCUCAAGGUCACUUUUGAGACUGAUCCAGAGAAGUUUGCCCAAUGGACGACCUUCGAACCUGCAAAGCCGGCAGUUGCUUUCCUGAUUGUUGAGCACAAUGAAACCGGUUUUCGCGACUUCAAUCUGAAAGCUUUGUGUGACAUUGCGCAGUCGACAAAGGCAGGCAGUGCCCGAAAGUUUAUCGGAGCAAAAGGCAUUGGCUUCAAAUCGGUCUUCUGUGCAACUUCCACUCCCAUUUUGCACUCUGGGCAGUACCAUUGCCAUUUCGACUCUGAGGCCUUGGAUGGCCUUGGCUAUUUGAUCCCAUUUCCGUUGCGGCGUCCACACGAUUUUCAAUUUGGCACACGGCUGGUUCUGCCUUUGUAUGAUCAAACCACUGUCGACAAGUGCCGACGAGUGGUAGAGGAUUUGAGACCUGAACUUUUGCUCUUCCUCAGGAAGCUGGACAAGAUCACCAUCAUGGAUCAGGUGCACAGUAUACAGAAAGAGAUCCAAAAGACCAAUUAUGAUGAGACUGGCGAAGUUGUAAAGUUACAAACAUCAGUCAAAACAACGUCGCCUGGCAAUCUCUGCGAGGAGACUUCCCAAGUCCUAUGGCGGGUCCAUCGUCAUUCGGUGCCGUUGCCAAUGCCAUCCAUGCCAUCCAUGUUGCGGGAUGCCCAAAACGUUGAAUUGCAGAUCGCAUUCCCCCGAACAACUUCAAAGCAACUGCACCAUCUGGAACAACUUCCAGCUUUUGCUUGGCUGCCUUUGAGAUCCUACGGCUUUAGAUUCAUCCUUCAAGCUGAUUGGGCAGUACCUUCUUCGCGAGAAGCGAUCUUGGCUGAGAACCCGAUGAAUCAAUGCCUUCGUGCUGCACUUCCGGAUGCAUUCUGUGACCUGAUUGAAGGUCUGGCAAACCGUGCGCUGGCAAGUUCCGAUGAAGCAGAGCGAGCAGAAGAGUUUCGCCGCCUCUAUCAGAUCAUCCCUUUGCCUGGUGAAGCCGCUGAGUUCUUCGUGGACAGUCCACGACAAAUCCUGGCAGGUUUGGCAAAGAGGAAGUUCAUCCUGGUGCAGAAAGGCAGUGGCAGCUGCUGUGUGACACCAGCAGAAGUGGUUCGCAGUGAGCUACGGAACAGCACCCAGGCCGGUCCAAUGACCUCCGAUCCCGAUGUCCAAAGAGUUCUGGAGGAUGUUUUGAACGGGUGCAAUCUUUUCUUCGAGAAAGGUUUGAUUUCAAAGAAUUUGGCAAAUGAGCUACAUAUCUCCGAACUCAAUGGUUCCAUUGCCUACAAAUGCCUGGAGUCCUUGUCCCAGAGAGAGGAACAAAUGACCCGGGUCCUGCCUCAAAGCGUCAUUUCGGAGGAGUUAAAGUUGAUCCACUUUCUGCUGCAGAUCUUGGCCACUGCCAACAUUUCCCAGUCGGACGUCGACCAGCUUCGCCGGCUCCGGAUCAUUCCUACAGAGAGCGGAAAAUUGUCGUCGCUGGAUCAGAAGGUCUACAUGGUUGACGAGAGGAUGGCGAGCACGUUGCAAGGCUACGCAGAAGGUCUGAGCCUGAAGUUCAAGCAAAUGAUGAGCAAGGAAGUUGAACUAUUUUUGACCAGAAGAUUAGGGGUACAGCAGACGGACAGCGUUCGUUUCUUGAACGACAUCCUGGUGCCAAUGUUGACAUCGGAUGAAGCCCUGGACAGUGAACAGUUGAUUGCUGCCACGCAGAGAGCCCGUUACUGCUUGGGGCUGGUGAAGCCUGACCAACGGAGCACUUUCCUUGCCGAGCUCCGGAAAAAAAUGUGGGUUGUGAUUGAUGAAUCUGAUGGAAGGAACAUGCGUACUCUGCCUGAUCCGGUUCAGCUGUCGGAGGCUGUUGUGCAUGUUGUUGGACUGCCCCCAAAGAUCAAAGCAGCUUGGAAAGGCCCACCGAGACACAACGUCUCAUACCUCUACAAGUUGAACAGUGAGCCACACUCCUUGCCGUGGGAGACAUUUUGGCAGGAACUGGGUUGUUGGCCAGUCGUAAGUCUUCAACCAUGUGACAAUUUGCCACUUUGGCAGAGUGAAAGCGAUGACUUUGCACACAUCGUUCGUGCUCUAAGCCACAUGACUUCUGCUCAUGACGCAGCAAGGGAGAUGGUGCAAUGGCUGGCGCCACAUGGCUCUUUCUAUGCCAAAUACUUUCCAGAUCCAGCCAGUCGAAGUCAAGCACAAGUCCCCCAGAACUCUUUCGCAUAUCUCUUUUGCAACGCAGAUUGGAUGCCUUCAUUCCACAAGACUCAAUUACUUUCGCCGAUGAAGGGAUGGAUUCUGAGCAACAACUGCAGGCGAUAUCGUGAGUAUUCAUCCAACCACUUCCUGUCCAGCCAUUGCUUCGAUCAGAGCGUUCACGAGCUUGCCAGACGUUGGACAUGCUUGAACUGGGUCAUGGACAAGCCGACGUCAAAGAUUCUGUGUGAAACGUUGAAGGCUCGGAAUGGAACUCGUUUGCCGAUGAGCCAUGAUCAUGCAAUCCAACUGUAUGAUGCUUUGCGCAAGGCGCUGGAGCGGGAACAUAUCAAACCAGACCAAGGAGAGGAAGAUCCAGAUGCAGAAGUGUGCCAGGAAGUGCGGGAAGUGCGUGCUUUUUUGAAGAAUGAGGCUUGGAUCUUUCUCCCAGACACUUCGAGCAGAAAACACGCAUUUGAAAAUCAUUGGGAGCCCCAUCAAGGAACUUUCUUUGCAACUUCAAGCCUCGCCGUCAAUGAUCAAUCGUCUCUCUUCUUGAAGACGAGUGAUUAUGUGACAGAGGACAUGGCGAGACUCGCAGCAGAAGCUGCAGGAGCUCAAGCCCUCAAUGCAUACUACUGGGACUACCGUCUUAUCAAACACUUGUUUCAGGAUUGGGGAGUUCUACCUACUGUUGGGUGGGGCACAUAUUUGGAAGUCCUGCGACUUGUGGACAGCAAGGUUGGUUCGAUGGACCCGGACCAUUCAUGGGAGGACGGAAAUGUGUAUUCACAGGUGGUGAGGCAAAUUAUGCUUGUCUUGGGUUAUUUGGAGAAGGAGAUGCCAGGAAGACAUAUGCACGGAGACUAUGAAGAGGAAGAGGCUGAAGAGGACGUACCUGGUCGAAGUCGAGAAGACUUGAAGAAAUUCAUGUCUGAAGUGAAGCACCUUCGAAUCAUCUUGACAGAGCGCCUGCAUUUUCGAAAGCCAGUUGAGGUGGUCUACAUCGCUGACGUGUCCGAUUGGUUGGAGGAAGCCAAGGACUUUGUUGCGAGGUUGUCGUCAAGGAUGAGCGGCAAAGUGAGCGGCAAAGUGACCAAGGGAGUUGAGAACUUGGGUCUAGCAAGCUGGAAUGAAACAGAUGCAGAUUUAAGGGGCCUUUUGCCAGAGUCUUUGCCUUCAGAUGAGCGAGAAACACACCUCGCACGGGCGAUUUUUCUUGCCAGCGUCAGAUCAAUCUUUCUGAGUCAUGGCUCCAAAGAAUUGAAGAUCGCUGCUUGGCAUUUGGCGGUUGCCAUGAACUUCUGCGUCGUCAGAGGUCAGGAGCACGAUGAAGAAAGCAAGUUGCAGGUGCAACCGGUUGUGCUCCGACCACGCGAUAGCCUGUCGUCUGCCUCUUGUGAGCUUCAAGCACCACCUGGUCAUCUAUGCUUGACCACUUCGCGGGAGCAGUGCCCGGUUGCUCCAAUCAAACGACUCAAAUACUCGGACUUUUUGGCUGGAUAUAUGAACACUGGGUCAGAGGAUAGACGCCAACCAGCCAUUGCUUUGUGCGUUUUCGAAGCCCGGACCUCUCGGAAAGUGGAGUACUAUGCGCAGUCCAUUUCUCGACAUUUUUUUACGGAGCUAUCUGAGUUUUGGGAUGGAGGCAAACUCCGAAAGCUUCAGCAGGACGUGGAAGAAAACAUCCGAUUCAUUGCCAAGACUUUCUCCAACCGGACGAACUCUUCCUUGCCUGAACGAUUCAAUGUCAUUCACGAAGUGCAGGUGGCAGCUCAAAGAGCAGGGUGUCAAAAUGCCAGAGUGCAGAAGAAACAUUGGAUUUGGCAUUUGGAGACAGUGCUCCCAAUUGACCCGAGAGAAGCUUGGCGUCGACUGCUCUCGGGGGAAGAGCUAUGUCCGGAACCGCGUGCAGAAGUGGCUGAUGAAGCCAGGCAGACUGAGGCAGAGCCAGCAGAGGACUCAAGGCAAACUGACAGCGCUGACGUGCGCAGAGCGAUGGAGACCCAGGAGCCGCAGCCAAUGCAAUGGGCAAGCGACAGCGACAAUGAGGAGGUGGGGAACGGGAACAACGCUCUCGGUAGUUUUGUUCAACGGCAGCUGGAUCGCGAGAAAGAAAUCAAGCGGCCCACAGUUCGACCCGUCUCAGUCUUCACAUCCUUCAUGCCACAUGGUGCCCCUCUCGGUGAGGGAGAGGGCGCCACAGGCACAUGGGCAGGACGUUACCGACCACAUGACAAGCGGGACAAGAUGCCAAAGGAGACAAAGGGCCAAUUGAUCCGUCCAUUGGCAAGCAUGGCUGGCAUGGGUAUAGAACCGGUGCUGGAAACGAUGGAGCUGAUGGCCAAGAUGCUGAAGAUCAGCCAACUGAUCCAUGCAGCGGCAAGCGCUGGCAUGGGCAUGGCAGUGGCAGAAAUCAUGGCAAGGAUGGUUCCAAAGCCAACCAUUGGGGGCAAAGUGGACGCUCUGACGGGAACAUGCCAGACGGAGGUGAUGACGCCGUUCGCUGGCAUGUCAACUGGACGAAUGGCGCCGCCAAUGGCGCCGCCAAUGGCGCCGCCAAUGGCCACGAUGGCCAUGACGCAAACGGGCAGCCAAGUUCCACAUCUAAGUCCAACAGAUGGCAGGGGCGCUCUCGGGAGGGUCCAUGGGGCUUUCGGGGACUUUAAAAACGGGGCGCUCGGCCGCUCCUGGCCGCAGCUUGAGCGCACCAGCAGAAGUGAUGAGGUCCGUGCCAGUAUCAUCGAAUCUAUGCUGGAGCCUUUCGCAAGCCAUUUGAAGACUGACCCUGCGGUCAUGGAGAUUUUGUGGCGAAUUUUCUAUGAGAAUAGAGGGCCACAAGUCCUUUAUUCACCCGAUCUUCCUGAAAAGCAGAUGCCCUAUGAUGAUUGGGUGUUCAUCGACACAAUCUUCUACACCCACGAAAACAUCGCCACCACGUUCUCCCAUGGAUCGUAUUCUGGCCACGACAUCCAAAGCUUGGCGGAGGAGCUGUACCAUGGUAGAGUGCGUUUGGACGACCCAAGUCUGCGCUUGGAGGUUGUCAGAUACGAGAUGCGAGUGCAUAGCCUCUGCAAUCGUCGCUUGUAUGCUUUCAAAUGCUACCAAGAUCGCGUGCGACAAAUCAGCCCAAAGGCCCGCUUCCAAGUGCCCGUGCGAUUUUGGCCCUUGGACCCUGUUACGGCAAAGUUCGUACUGGCUUACACCACGACCUGUAGGGGCUCGACCAUUCAGCUUCGACCGGCUCAGCCGCAGUUGGGCAAGAAACGACCAAGUCGAGCGACACCAGAAACGAUCCCAGCUGAUCGACCCGAUCCGAUCGGCCCAAGCGGCCCAAUCGACCCAUGGGCCGAUGGAAAUGAUCCAUGGUCUGCAGCCCAUAGCGAAAGACCAUGA